GAAAUUUAUUAACGUUCACCCUUCACGACUAUGCGGAUUGAAAAGUGCUACUUCUGCUCGACUAAUGUCUACCCAGGGCACGGAUCUGCGUUCGUCAGAAACGAUGCAAAGGUUUUCAGAUUUUGCACGUCCAAAUGUCACAAAAAUUUCAAAAUGAAACGCAAUCCUCGAAAAGUGAGAUGGACAAAAGCGUUUAGAAAGGCGGCAGGUAAAGAAAUGACCAUUGACUCCACCAUCGACUUUGAGAAACGAAGAAAUGUACCUGUCCGUUAUGAUCGUGAGUUGGUGCAGACGACUAUUCAAGCCAUGAAGAGAAUUGGGGAGAUCAAACGCAAGAGAGAACAUGCCUUUUGGAAGAACAGGAUGGCAGCCAGCCGCGAAAAGCAACGUGCUCAUCGCAAGAAAACUCUCGAAGCUGCCAAAUCUUCCUCUACAAAACUUGUGGAGCCAAUGGACAUUGCAGAAUCUACCAAAGUCAAGGAGAAAAUCAAGGUCCCGGCGAAGUCACGGAGUGCUCUGAUACAAGGAGAAGGACGUUCCAUGACUAUGGACAUGGAUUGAAUUUACACGACUGUACAUAAUAUACAUCCAGACACUGCCGUUACUCACUUGUA